AAAAUUUUUAAAUUAAGACACAAAUUUUACUUGAAAUGGAUCGCUCAUCAUCUGCCAGGCAAGUGCUUUAUGCAGAGCUAGCUGCAGUCAAAGCGCAAAAUGUAAAACUGGAAGAGGAAAACGUACUGCUGCAUCACAGACUGAAUCGCGUCUCCUCAAAUGAACAUACAAACGCCAGUGUGCAUGUGGAGGCAAAAAUUCAGGCAUUUCAAAUGCAGGAAGAACGUGAUCGAGUUGUAGAAAAUUUGCAAAUGCACAAGAAGAAAUAUAAUAAACUGCAUGAUGCGUAUUUGGAAAAAGUAAAGCGUUGCAAGGCGCUGGAAGAAAUGUUUAAGCGACAGAAAGCGCUUACAGGAUUGGUAAUGAAAUCAGCUAUAGAUCAGCGCAAUUCAGAACAACAAAUGUUGCUGGAGCAACGCAAAUCACAGCAGAGCCAAAGCAGCGAAGUGGAGCAGCUGCAAGCAAAGUUGGCAAAAAUGCAACAGGCGCUGGAUGAGUCCUAUGAUAUUAUAGAUGAAAUGGACUUUGAGCUGGAGAGCGUGGAUUUGCUAGAAGUGCAGAAUCAAAGAUUGCGCGAUGAGCUAGCGCAGCUAAAAGCAGAGCAGGCGGCAGCAGCAGCGCAAACAGUUGAAGAAGAUGAAGAUGAGCCACCGCCUAAAUAUGAAGCAGAAGCUGAAGCUUGUGCCAGAGGGCGUCAGCAUGUGGACGCGGACAGCUGUGAGAGUUGCCUGAGAAAAGAUGAUGCUGAUGCAAAUACGCUGGAGCGCGCUGCCAUGACAGAAAGCCUUAUACAAACAGUUGAAGCGGAGAGCAAUGUGCUGCGACGUGAACUGUUGAGAUCGCGACAGCGCAUUGUGCGCGCCAAGCUGGACAAAAUGGAGGCAGAAGAUGCUGCAGAAGAUUAAGCUGCAGCUUGCUUUUGUUUACAAUUUACAGGGUAUCUUUUUAUGAAAAACUAAUUUACUGCACACGACAAAUUUAUGCAAGAAAAUAAA